AUGUCUGACAACGAGGGCAGCCAAUUUGUGCUCGAAGAUUCAGACGGUGCAUCCGUUGGCCCUAUCCCCAAAUCUGCCGAAGAGAUUGCGAAUCUCCGGGACUGGCGUAUCACUGCUUACCUGAGUGAUACAAGCGAGUCCAAGAAGCAUUUAAACGCACACACGGCGUUGCACUACUCUGUCGAGAAUAAUUCUCCCUGUGACGAGAGGCUUUUGUGGCUGGGAGCAGACGUACACGCCACGGACACCAUGCGAAACACGCUGCUGCACUUUUUCCGCCCGUCCAAUGCCUCGGAGCGGACCUUGGAAGCUCUGAUGCAAUAUGGAGCAGGCUGGGAUGUCAUGCGAGCGGAGAACGGCAAGUCAAAUAGUCGCUUAAAAUGGCUUCAUGCGGACUGUCUCGAUGUUCUCAUCCCAUAUGUUCAAGACUAG